GCGUUACACAUUUCCGUUAAAGGCAAGAAGGUAGUCCAUACAUUUCUGUUGACGAAGGAACGUAAUUUAGUAAAAAUUGACGCUACCUUGCUCGCGUCGCAAAUAUAAAGUGUACGCGACGAACUGGUAAGCAUAAUGACUGCGAUACCAGGUUCUGUGGCCUUCGACGAAUAUGGUCGGCCGUUUCUUAUUCUUCGUGAUCAGGAGAAACAGAAGAGGUUGACCGGCGUUAAUGCGAUUAAGUCACACAUUUUAGCAGCUCGUAAUGUGGCUAAUAUUCUUAAAACUUCUUUGGGACCAAAAGGUCUUGAUAAGUUAAUGGUAAGUUCCGAUGGAGAUGUUACCGUAACAAACGAUGGAGCAACUAUCUUGAAGAACAUGGAUGUAGAUCAUGAAAUUGCCAAAUUAAUGGUGCAAUUAUCUCAAUCCCAAGAUGAUGAAAUUGGAGAUGGUACUACCGGAGUAGUAGUAUUAGCUGGUGCUAUGUUAGAGCAAGCAGAACAACUGUUAGAUAAAGGAAUUCAUCCACUUAGAAUAGCGGAUGGUUUUGAAAGUGCAGCAAGAUGUGCAACAGAGCAUCUGAAAAGUAUCGCAGAAGACUUUGUGACUGAUCGUGAAACAUACAUCAAACUUGCUAUGACCAGUCUUGGUUCAAAGAUCAUCAACAAGUUUAAUAGGCAAAUGGCAGAAAUAGCUGUAGAGGCUGUGUUUGCAGUUUCAACCGAAAAUCCACCUGAUGUAAAUUUUGAACUUAUAAAAGUAGAAGGAAAAGUUGGAGGUAGAUUAGAAGACACUAUUUUAGUUCGUGGUGUUGUUAUUGAUAAGGACUUCAGUCAUCCUCAAAUGCCUAAGGAAUUGAAAGAUGUCAAGCUAGCCAUUUUGACAUGUCCAUUUGAACCGCCCAAACCAAAAACAAAACACAAGCUAGAUGUUACUUCCGUUGAAGACUAUAAAGCUUUACGUGAAUAUGAGCGGGAGAAAUUCACGGAAAUGGUGAAAAUGGUCAAAGAUGCAGGUGCGACACUUGCUAUUUGUCAGUGGGGAUUCGACGACGAGGCCAAUUACCUUCUCCUGCAGAAUGAGUUGCCUGCUGUCAGAUGGGUUGGCGGUCCGGAAAUUGAACUAAUUGCUAUUGCAACGGGUGGUCGUAUCGUUCCACGCUUCGAGGAAUUGACACCGGAGAAACUUGGCUACGCAGGCGUCGUCAAGGAACUGAAAUUUGGUACUACUAAGGAUAGAAUGCUCUCUAUCCAAAAGUGCAAGAAUUCACGAGCAGUAACUAUUUUCAUUCGCGGCGGUAAUAAGAUGAUUAUCGAAGAAGCAAAACGAGCCAUUCAUGAUGCACUUUGUACGGUUCGCAAUGUGUUCAAAUGUCGAAAAAUUGUAUACGGCGGAGGCGCGGCCGAAAUUUCCUGCUCCCUUGCAUGCGAAGAAAAAUGCAAUCGUAUCUCAUCUUUGGAACAGUAUGCCUUCCGUGCGUUCGCGGAAGCUUUAGAUGCUAUACCAAUGGCACUUGCUGAAAAUGCUGGCCUUUCCCCUGUCGAUACGAUGACUGAACUUAAAGCACGUCAACUAGCUGAGAAGAACAGUGCUCUUGGCGUCGAUUGUUUGAAUCGCGGCACUUCCGAUAUGAAAGAACAACACGUUAUCGAGAGUUUGAACAGUAAAACUCAACAAAUUGUGUUGGCCACUCAGUUGGUGAAAAUGAUACUUAAAAUUGAUGAUAUACGUUCAAUGAGCGAUGCAGCCUAAAAAAAUUACAUAUUUCUUGCUACAACUAUGAAUUAUUGUACGAAGAGAAUUAAUUACACUUAAUUAUACGUGUCACUUCGUUUGCUUUGAGCUUUCAAUCGUAUUUCUAAUUAAAAGGUACAUUAAAUUUCAUUAACUUUGAUACAAUUUCUGACGUCGAAACACUCCACAAUGAUAAUUUAUAUAAUACUAUUGUAAUAAAAUAUGAAUAAAUUCGUUUCACUUUUA